AAGACUACUGUACUGAUCGUUAAAUUUGUGCCCAUUGCUCUGCCUGCUACUGGAAGGGUGCAGCCCUCCUGGUGCUCUAACCUCUUAUUUGUAUGUACAGAUAAAAUCCUGCACUCAAACAUCCCAUGGCACUAGCGCCGCCCAAAGACAGAAGCCAAGGGGGAUAAAACGCACACAGAUAAAAGGAUGGGGUUACUAGGGGGCAGGCAGAUAUCAUAGAAUUGUAGAGUUAGAAGGAACCCAAAGGUCGUCUAGUCCAACUGCCUGCAAUGCAGGAAUCCAAAUUUAAAACAGCCAGGGGGAAGAUAACAAAGCCCACCGCUGUUAAAAGUAUUAUAGAGUCUUGGAAACCAGCCUUUCCAACCAGCCACCGCAGUCACCUAGCUGUUUAUGGAGGAAAGUGGGAGGCUGGAAUAUCCCCAGGCACACAUGGUAGAUCAAGAGAAAACUUUUCUACUUUAAAAAAAUAAUACUUGGGAUCUUUGUCGAUCAGCGAAAGAAAUCCCACCGGCUACAAUUAGCUAGAUGUUGGAAGAUUUCACACGGGCGCACGAAGGAACAAUUUGAGACUCUCAGGAAUCUAGCCGACAUCUAAGAAAAGAACUUCCUGUAUCCAUCUGCUCAUUUGCAGCUUCAGGAAACAAAAAGAACAACCCAGGAGUAAAGCGGAUCCUCCGCCAACUCAGCUGAAAUUAAUUACUUGGAUCAAGAGCUUCAAGGGCAAACCGUUGAAAGAAAGCCACAGGUUUGGCAUUCCUGCCUUAUCUUAAUUUUGAAAGCUGCAGGGCUUUACUGCCUGGACUAGUCUCGCUAUUCUACCAUGGAGCUCUCUACAGAAGGAUACCGCUACGAUGAUUAUGAACUGAACACUACUUUCGACUACGCUUCCUUCGAAAUGCUUUGCUACAAAGGUGAGGUCAGAGCAUUCAUCACCUCGUUCCUACCGGCAUUCUACUCUGUCGUUUUCUUCGUUGGGCUCGCUGGGAAUUCCCUAGUGGUGGCAUUCUUCGCCUACAUCAGAAAACUAAAGACCAGGGUGGAUGUAUACAUCAUGAACUUGGCGAUCGCCGAUUUGUUACUGCUCUGCACUCUUCCCUUUUGGGCUGCGAGUGCCGCCCACGGGUGGGUCCUAGGUAUCCCUUUGUGCAAGAUCACGUCCGCUAUCUACACAAUGACCUUUAGUGCUAGCAUGCAAUUUCUGGCCUGCAUCAGCGUCGAUAGAUACAAAGCCAUUGUCAAAUCCCAAGCUAAACCAGGGGCCAUCAACCAAUGCGUCAAAACGUCUUUCCUUGUCUGGGCAGCUGCCAUGUUCCUUUGCAUUCCUGAAUUUGUCUUUAACACAGUCGUGGAGUUCAACAACAGGCUUACAUGUUUUCCCGCAUUUCCUCAAAGCACGGGGAACGUAAUUAACGUAACCAUCGAAAUAGCAGAAAUGUUGCUGAGUUUUGCGCUGCCUUUCCUCAUCAUGCUAGUUUGCUACUCGGCUGUGGCCAGAACUCUCAUUUCGAGCCCCAGUGUUAAAAAAUGCCGGCCUCUGAAAGUUCUUGUCGCAGCGGUGUUGGUCUUUAUUGUCACGCAACUGCCUUAUAACAUCGUCAAGCUUUGGAAAGCCAUUGACAUUAUCUACCCGCUUAUUACAGACUGCAGCACAAGCAAAACCAUUGAUAUCGUAUUCCAGGUGACUAACAGCAUUGCUUUGUUCCACUGCUGCCUGAACCCCAUCCUUUAUUUUUUUAUGGGAGCCUCUUUCAAAAUGCACAUGGUCAAAAUGGCAAAGCGUUGCGGCUACUGGAGAAGGCAGCAGAGCGCAGCGAAUGAAGAAAUUCCUGUGGACUAUGAAGAUUCUGGGCAAGAAACCAGUAGCUUCACUAUUUAGAAAAUGGGGAGAAGGAAAGCGGAAAGCAAUCCGUGUUCGCUUAAGUCAGUCAAUGCCUGGCUGUGCUGGGUUGACACAGAGAGAUCCUUGAUAAAAGAACUGAAUAUUGACUGCGAUUGCUUCACGUGGUAGAAUGAAGCUGUUCCAAUCGAGCAGAUAGCUGGACCUAGCGUACCUGCUCUCUGCUGACAAUAUAACCUAGUUUAAAUGGGCUGAUCUAUGCAUACAGGAAAUGUUGCACAUUAUUUCUAACAUCAAAUAAUACAUACUAAUGAAAUGUUCAAGUGGAAAUAAGCCUGCUUAGUAGCAAGGAGAUGGAGUGAGUAGAAUCACUCAAUAGCUAUUUUCCUAAAGGCUGUUUUUCCUUGAGAAGCAUGGCUCAGGAAAGAUGAUGGCAAGCCUGUUCUUAUUAUAGAAAAUAAAAUCAUCCUAUAAAGCAGAGGUGGGGAAGCACUGGACUCCACCCCCAUCAGUAUGGCCAACGGUCAGGGAUAAUGAAAGCUGUUGUUGGGCUUCAGCUUCCACUAUCCCUGACCACUGACCAGGCCCAUCUUACCCACUGAGGCUAGUGGCACAGGGUGCCAGGGCGCCAAGUUCUGGAGGGCGCCAGGCAAGAGUCCAGACAACACCGAACGAGCACGCUGAGUGAGCGAGGGUGCAUGUGUGCGUUGCUCCCGCUGAGCAUCGGCUCGAUUUUCUCCCUUUUAGCCUGCAGGCUCAAAAUUCUGUGGGGCGCCAGAAGGCUAAAAGGGAAAAAACCAAGCUGACACUUGGCGGGAGCGGCGCACGUGCCCUCGCUCACUCGGUGUGCUGCCUGCCAUUCCCACCGUGGCACGAAGCGGCUAGCUGAGCUGGGAGACGCCGCGUCCAGCCUCUGCCUCUUCCCCACCAGAGAAGCCGCCCUCCAGCCGCUGCCCGCCUCCUCCAGCCCUAAAAAAAAGGUCAACUCUGG